AUGGACGACAUUGAAAAGUUGGAGCAUCUGUCAUUGGUGCAGAAAGUAGUUAGCGAGCUCUACAACCAUACUGGGCUACAUGAACAAGUCCUAGCUGAAUUCAUUAUCCAUCUUCACGAUGAGGCCAAAGGAUCCCUCGCUGAUUUCAAAAGGAUGCUCAAAGACGCAGAUGCAGAUUUCCCAGAGCCCUUUGUUGAGAACCUGGAUCGUAUCAUCAAGACAUUGAAACCAAAGCGUAAAGUGCAUCGAGAGGAGGGCGUCGACGAGAAAGCACACACGUUCCCUGGCUUGGCUGUGCAAGAUGACCCUGAUUGGCAAAAGAAGAGAGAGGAAGAUAUGGCAGUGGCAGACGACAUGUUGGCAGAGUUGGAAGGAUUCAAGUCGACAACAGCACCCGCUUCCUCAUCAUCUGGAAGCAAGCGUAGACACGAGAGCCCUUCGCCUGAGAGAAGACACCGUAGACAUCGCUCCAGAUCCAGGUCUCGAUCCAGAUCGCCCAGCAGCAGACACAGAGAUAGAAGACCUAGUCCUCCUAGAAGAGGCGGAUUGGAUGAUGCGCCUGUUAUCUACAAGAUUUACAACGGUACAGUCAUCAACAUCAAGGAUUUCGGUGCGUUUGUGCGUUUGGAAGGAGUCAAAGGCAAGGCUGAGGGUUUGGUUCAUGUGGGUUCAUUGAUCCAAGGCAGAGUCAACAAUCCUCGCGAGGUUGUCAAGCAAAAUCAGCCUGUCAAAGUCAAAGUCAUGUCGAUAGCUGGAAAUCGAAUUGGUUUGUCUAUGAAAGAUGUUGAUCAACGCACAGGCCAAGAUCUCAGCCCCAACUUGCGUGUACGAUCCCAAGACGAGAUGGAGGCAAUGACCUCUCGCAACCCUGAUAAACCAUCUUUUAUGACUGGAUCCAACUCAAACGCACUUGGUGUCAAGGUAGUGGACGAUAUACCCUCGCGAUCUGUGAAGCGCAUGUCCUCGCCUGAACGUUGGGAAUUGAAGCAACUGAUUGCCUCUGGCGUGGUUGAUCCUGCAGACUAUCCUGAAUUGAACGAAGAUACUGACUUUUUGGGCAACGUGGAAACCGAAGAGGAAAUCGAUGUAGAAGUGCGCGAAGAGGAGCCUCCCUUCCUGAAGGGCCAGACCUCACAAACGUUGGAUUUGAGUCCUGUCAAGGUCGUCAAGAUUCCCGAUGGCACCAUGAAUCGCUCUGCUUUGGCUGGUGCUUCGUUGGCUAAAGAACGUAGAGAAUUGAGACAGCAACAACAGCAGCAAGAGAUCGACGCUGUGCCUCAAGAUGUGAAUACGGCCUGGCUGGAUCCCAUGGCUGGUCCUGGUGGAAGACAGUUUGCUCAAGAUGCUCGUGGAUCAGCUGCUGGCUCUAAACCAGAUCAAGUGCCUGAAUGGAAGAAGGCUACGUUCAACAAUGCCACGACGUUUGGUAAAGUUACCAGCUUGUCCAUUCAAGAGCAACGUGAAUCGCUUCCCACCUUUAAGCUGCGUUCUUCUCUUAUUCAAGCCAUUAGAGAGAACCAAAUGUUGAUUGUUGUGGGGGAUACAGGUUCGGGAAAGACGACGCAAAUGACACAAUACCUUGCUGAAGAGGGUUUCGCUAACAAUGGAAGAAUUGGUUGUACCCAGCCUCGUCGUGUGGCUGCCAUGUCAGUUGCUAAGCGUGUUGCUGAAGAAGUCGGCUGUCGUGUUGGCCAAGAAGUCGGUUAUACCAUUCGUUUUGAGGACUGUACCAGCCCUGAAACUCGUAUCAAGUACAUGACUGAUGGUAUGCUGCUAAGAGAGUGUCUCAUUGACCCUGAAAUGAGCCAAUACUCUGUGGUGAUUCUGGAUGAGGCUCACGAAAGAACCAUCUCGACUGAUGUUUUGUUUGGUCUUUUGAAGAGAGCUGCCAAGAGACGCCCUGACCUCAAGCUGAUUAUUACCUCUGCUACUUUGGACGCUGAUAAGUUUGCCACCUACUUCAACAACUGUCCUAUUUUCACUAUUCCCGGUAGAACUUACCCUGUUGAGGUCUUGUACACCAAGGAUCCUGAGUCUGAUUACUUGGAUGCUGCUCUUAUCACUGUGAUGCAAAUCCAUCUUUCUGAACCUCCAGGUGAUAUCUUGCUGUUCUUGACGGGUCAAGAAGAAAUCGAUACAGCGGCGGAAAUUCUGUUUGAGCGUAUGAAAGCGCUGGGCAACGAUGUCCCAGAGUUGAUUAUUCUACCAGUGUAUAGUGCUUUGCCCUCUGAAAUGCAAUCUCGUAUCUUUGAUCCAGCACCUCCAGGCAGUCGUAAGGUUGUCAUUGCUACCAACAUCGCAGAGACAUCCAUCACCAUUGAUGGCAUCUACUACGUUAUUGAUCCUGGAUUCGUAAAGCAAAACAAGUGGGACGCUAAGCUCGGUAUGGACUCUUUGGUGGUUGUGCCUAUUUCACAAGCUGCUGCUAGACAACGUGCUGGUCGUGCUGGUCGUACCGGUCCUGGUAAAUGUUACCGUCUCUACACAGAAACAGCGUAUCGUAACGAAAUGCUGCCCAAUACCAUCCCUGAAAUUCAGUUGCUGAAUUUGUCAAUGACUGUGCUUACUCUCAAAGCGAUGGGCAUCAACGACUUGUUGCAUUUUGAUUUCAUGGAUCCCCCACCCGAGAACAACCUGAUCCAAGCAUUAGAACAGCUGUACGCACUGCAAGCCCUCGAUGAUGAAGGUCUCUUGACUCGUUUAGGUCGUAAAAUGGCAGAGUUCCCUCUGGAUCCUCAACUGUCAAAGAUGCUGAUUCAAUCUGUGGAUCUAGGCUGUUCAGAAGAGAUUUUGACCAUUGUCGCCAUGCUGACCGCUCAAAAUGUAUUCUAUAGACCCAAAGAGAAGCAAGCCCAAGCUGAUCAAAAGAAGGCCAAGUUUCACCAGCCUGAAGGCGAUCAUUUGACGCUAUUGACUGUAUACAAUGGUUGGAAAGGAAGCAAAUUCUCGAAUGCUUGGUGCUUUGAUAACUAUAUUCAAGCUCGUAGUAUGAAACGUGCGCAAGAUGUGAGAAAACAACUGCUUGGUAUUAUGGAUAGAUACCGCCAUGAUAUCGUGUCCUGCGGUAGAAAUUAUACAAAGGUCUGUAGAGCUCUGGUGUCUGGUUAUUUCAGAAAUGCUGCGAAAAAGGAUCCUCAAGAAGGCUACAAGACCUUAUUAGAAGGCACACCUGUAUAUAUCCAUCCUUCCAGUGCACUGUUCAAUAAGGGUCCUGAAUGGGUUAUUUAUCAUGAAAUUGUGUUUACGUCCAAAGAAUACAUGCGUGAAAUUACAGCGAUUGAUCCCAAAUGGUUAACAGAAGCAGCACCUACAUUCUUCCGUGUUGCCGAUGCCAACAAGAUCUCCAAACGUAAAAAGCAAGAAAAGAUCGAGCCGCUGUUUAAUCGCUACGAGAAACCAAAUGAAUGGCGUCUCAGUAAAGCUAAACGCGGUGGCAGAAUCAGUCAAACAUUCGGUUAG